UUCCUUCAUCAAACUUUAUAAUCUUAGGAAAAUAAGCGUCGUUGUUAAACAUUGGAAGUGCGAGAACGUUAGGUUUAUUUGAACACACUUCUUCACUCUUUCCAAUUACAGUACUGCCAUUGGAGGAGGUUAUUUGAGCGAGCUGAAAAUGGCGAAAAAACUCAGACCGGCAGGAGGAAGCAGUGCAACAAGGGUGGAAGGCUGUAAUGAUCUGAUCCACAAAAUACUUUUGGGGGUUCCACUAAGAGACGUGCUGAAGAUGUUCACAGUGGACAAGAGAUGGCGCUCACUCAUUUUGGACCCAUUUUUUGCACAUACCCAUUACAAGAAUCACAGAGAAUCGAUGUUUCUUUUUCUUGAGUACAUACCAUCAGACGAUCAAUGGGAGAAGCCUUUCAAUUCCGCUCUUACAAUCCCCAAACGGGUAAAAUUUUCAUUGUUCCCUUUUCUUUGGAGGGCUUAGACAGGUCUUUUCAAAAUACGAAUUUAAAGCUCCUUACAGCAUCAAAAGGGCUGAUGUGCUUUUGUCCAAAUGGGCCUAUGGGUAUACAAGUGUUUUGUGUGUACAAUCCUGUGACAAAGUUUUUCAAAAAUUUCCAAGUGCCUAGUCAAGUGCAUGCAAAUAUGAUAUUAUUUAGUGAAAUUUGUUGUACGCAGAAUACUCAAAAAAUUGUCAUCGCAGGCUUUUUGGUCGCUGAUAGGAGCCCAUAUACCCUGGUGUUUAAUUCUCAAUCAAACUCGUGGAUUAUAGGUUAUGACGUGAAUGAAGACCAAUGGAGCUUUUCUAUCUUCAUUCCUGCCUCAGUAGGAUUUCUAUAUUGCAUCACUGAGUGGGAGGGAAAUCUGUUAGUUUGUGCAUCUAAUUCCACCUAUGACCGCAGCAAUCAGAGAAUCAGAUACAGCUUAGAUGAGGGAGAUGGGCAUUUUGUGUUCUGGAAAUUGAGUACAAAACAUAAGCUGUGGACAGAAGAAUGCGAAUUAGAUUUAUCAAAUAUAUUUCACGCCUUCUGGAAGGUAUCUGCAAGCAGUGGUGUAGUAUGAUUUACAUGUGGUUACAAUUCUGUCACAGUUUACCAUAUGAAGAACAGACAUUGCUCCACUCAUCGACUAGAUGAUGCUCUGGAUUUGGAGAAGGAAAAAAAUAUAGCAUGUGUAUGUUUUGAGCCUACCCUUUUGUCAUUUUGAAACCCUUUUGUGAAAGUGGAAAUUGGAUUGCAAUUUUAGUGCUGUAUGCAUUAUGUAAUUUUUUUUUGUGUGUGACAAAUAAUCUGAUUUUAAAUGGUA